AUGAUAGUAUAUAAGACACUCGUAUGUUUGAAUAAAUCCUCAUUUUUCUGUUGCCCCUCAUACAUAGAUGAAGAUGCUGAGGAGACAGGUUCCUCCUCCAGUAGUGAGGAUGGGGACAGACAGUCACAGCUGCACCUGUUACAGCAGACCAUGGACACUGCCAGGCUGUCCCUACAGCAUCAGGACUACAGCACUGCCUUCUCACAUUAUCUCAUGGUGGUCAGUACAGCCCCGGACCUGAAGCCUUAUGUGAAGGAAGACUUCAGCCUGGCAGUGAAGCUGUGGGGUGAUGAGUUGGAGUGUGCAGGGAGGUGGGAGGAGGCACUGCACAGCUACCAGCAGGCACUACAGGUGUACCCUGACUGUGAGGUUGUGCUCAACAAUAUGGGAGCUCACCUCUUCAGGCACGGCUACACCGAUGAGGCAGCUUCCUACUUCAUCCAGGCCUUACAGGUGGCCCCAGGUUACAGGUCAGCCCGAGAGAACCUCCAGGCUGUGUGCACUGCGCUGGUGGAGAGGUGGCACUUCCGCAUGCUGAACGACCAGCCCAGGAACACAGCCUUUCAUCAGGCAAUCAAACGAGCCGUACUAGGGGGACAUGACACUGUGCUGGACAUUGGGACAGGCACUGGGAUUUUGAGUAUGUUUGCUGUGCAGUGUGGUGCCAGGACAGUCCAUGCCUGUGAGAUGUCCCACACCAUGUACCAGCUGGCUAACAAAGUACUGGCAGCCAACGACAUGCAGAACAACAUCCACCUGCACCACAUCAAGUCAACAGACAUGACUGUUCCUGAUAACCUACCUGAAAGAGUAUCCCUGGUGGUUACUGAGACUGUGGAUGCAGGUUUGCUGGGUGAACACAUCCUGGCCACCCUGAGACAUGCAUGGGAACAUCUGAUGCUGCCUCCCAAAUCUGCACUCAACCAACCAGAGUGUGUACGGUAUGGCAGGGUGAUACCAGGCGGUGCGACUGUCCAUGCCUGUAUAGUGGAGUGUCCAGACAUCAGGCGUAACCACGCGGUUCUACAGUCCAGCUGCUGUGGAGUGGACCUGUCUGGACUGGUCAUCACCAGUCAAACAGCAAGCCACACAGACAAGGCUGACCAGAUGCCCCCUGAUGCAGAGCCGUACUCCUCUGAGGUGUUAAGCCGAGUCCGAGGCGGGUUCUCCUGUCUGACAAAACCCUGUCAGGUGUUCCAGAUAGACUUUAAUGAUCCUCAGACAUUUUCACCUGAAUCUCUGGAGCACCUGCGAGUCUUCCACCUGCCUGUGAAGCGCCCAGGUGUGGUGGAUGCCGUUGUGCUGUGGUUUGACUUGCACCUGGAUGAAGAGACACACCUGUCCACUUCACCUGAACAGGACACCUGCUGGGAACAGGCUAUCUUUCCAGUGCACAGGCAUCACCUGACAGGUUCAGACCACUUGGCAGAGGGUCUCCAAGUCACAGAGGGGGACAGUGUGGUUGUGUCAGCCACAUGCCGUGGGGACUGUGUCAGGAUGUGGGUGUCUGAAGUACAGCAUCACAAAGAUGACGGACAGUUGCACUGCACUUCCACCCCAAACACACAGGGGGAGCAGUUGGAAGGAUCCAAAGACCACGGAGAAGCUGAGAUGGAGACCUCCACUAGUACUGAACCAAUGGACCCAUACCACUCAAGUCAAGAUAUACCUCUCUCCAAUACGUCAGGACAAGUAGAAAUUGUACGCCUUUCUCAAAGUGACAUGUGUGUCUUGAAUGAUAGCAGAUUUAAUGAAGCAUUUUACGCUGCUCUACACAAAUACUUUUCUAGAACCGUUGUGAGCAGCAGCAAUGUUGUAGACUUGACAGGCUUCUGUGCAGGAGACAGUAUGGAAACAGAAGGGGCUCAGAUUUCAACAGGGUAUUCAGGAAUAUCAGUGUUAGAUCUCAGCCAAGGAACGUCUAUGAUAGGGCUCUGUGCUGCAAGGCUUGGUGCCACGAAAGUCAGGUAUUCUGGCCAGAAUUCCAGCUCUCAGGAACUUCUUGACAUGUUGGCGAGAAGGAACGGUGUACUGGAAGGGGUUGUAGAGUUUGGGCCGAGUUCCCUGGAGCCGACAGGAAGCAGUGGUGCAUUGUGGGACGUGGUAGCGACAGAGCUGGUGGAGCCGUCAGGAGUGCUGAGACAACAGGUGCUGGAGGACGUCGCUUUGGCAAGGGCCUAUGCUGUAAAACCAGGGGGAGCCAUCCUACCCUGUGCUGCAGCAGUGUACGGUGUGUGUAUAGAGUCAGAUGUCCUACUGAGGGAAAACAGGGUGCUAGGCUCAGAACCCACCUUACAGCUGAACGUUGCAGACUUCAUGAACAUCUUCCAGGCAACAACCCACCAGGACAUCACCCUGUCCACACUUCCCCACAAACCCCUUACAGAGCCUUUCCACAUCUUCAACUUCAAACUGGACGAGGAAACCCCCCACGACACCCUCCCCUCGUACUUGGAACAGUCCAGAACGUGGGUGGUCACAGCGUCUGACUCUGGGACAAUAUCGGCCGUACCAUUCUGGUUCGAGAUCUGGGUGGACUCAAACAAUAAGCUGAGUACAAGAGAUGACAGCAGUCACUGGAAACAGGCUGCUAUUGUGCUGGACAAGCCAGUGUCAGUGGAGAAAAGGGACAAACAGAUAUGUCUGGAGGCCAGUUGUCAGAAUAGUACCAUCUCAAUCACUGUUAAGUAACAAGGAAGCAUUUUGUAUAUGGUCAGACAGGAGUCUAAUCCCUCCUGCUCUAAAAUUGCAACAUGAUGUAACCCAACACUAGUUACCAUGGUAACAUACACAACAUUGGUUAAGGCCGUUGAGGUCACUGUUUUGGAGAAGAAG